AUGUUGUCGGAGAUCCGCCGUCUCGUGGAGGACGAUGAAGCGGGAAUCAUCGGGAUCUACGGCUUGGGAGGAAUAGGGAAGACAACCCUCUUGAACGCCAUCCACGAGGAGCUCCUCCAAAGGGAUCCCGGCCGUUUCGAUCUGGUGAUUCGGGUCACCGUCUCCAUGGAGCAUGAUGUCCUGAAGGUUCAAGAGGAAAUCGCCGUCCGGUUGGGAUACUCUCGGCCCGGCCAGGGCCGGGACCCGCCCUUUCCAGAGAAUCUAAAGGACAGGGCCAGCAACCUGCUGAGGGGCCUCUCCCAGAGGAAGUUCCUUCUGCUGCUGGACGACCUGUGGGACAAACUAGAUCUCGGCGCUGUAGGCGUCCCCUUCUCCUCCUCUUCCAUUAGGAACGGAAGCGAGGUAGUCUUCACCACACGAUCACUAGAAGUGUGCAACCGGAUGGACUCUCACCGGAAAGUUAAGGUGCCCCUCUUGAAUCUAGCGAGCUCUUGGAGGCUCUUCUGCCAAAAGCUGGGAAAGGGAGAAGACCAGUGGGAUUCCUCUGUGAGAUCUCUCGCGGAAGCCGUCUGUAAAGGAUGCGGAGGCCUGCCGAUCACUCUCAUCACCGUAGGCCGGGCCAUGGCGGGUGCCACCACCCUUGGCGAGUGGGAAGAGGCUCUCAUGGCGCUGAAGGACAUGCCCGCGGAGCUCGGAGACAUGAAAGAGGUUCUAACUCUUCUCAAGUUUAGUUUCGACAGAUUGAAAGAUACAUCCGCCAGGGAGUGCCUUCUCUACUGCGCCCUCUUCCCAGAGGACGACGAUAUCGAUAUAAGUCAGCUCAUUGAUUACUGGGUAGGCGAAGGGCUCUUAGAUAGGGGACACGAUCCCGACUCCAUUGAGAGAGCUCGUAACUACGGCCUCAGUGUGAUCACCAGUCUCAAGGCUGCCUGCCUGCUAGAAGACGGGCGCAUCGAAGGAAAACACGUGAAGCUCCAUGGCACGAUCCGCAAGAUGGCCUUGUGGAUAACCAGCGGCGAAGGAGAUGAGAACGGGAAUGUCUUCUUGGUGAACUCCGGGGAGAGGUUGACCCGCGUGUCGACGCCGGAAAGAUGGACGGAGGCGAGAAGGAUAUCUCUCAUGGUAAACAAGAUAGACGUGCUCCCUGUGGAGCCUCGUUGCCCCAGUCUACAGACGCUGUUGCUGAAUGACAACGACCAUCAUCUGAGGGAAGUCCCCGGUGGGUUUUUCCUGUUCAUGUCGAGACUUCGUGUUUUAGAUCUGUCGAAUACGAGAACAAGUCUUCUCCCCCCAGAAAUCGGGUCACUGGUUGAACUGCGGUAUCUCAAUCUAUCAGGGACUCUCCUGGAAUCAUUGCCCAUGGAGGUAGGGAGGUUGACGAAGCUGAGACAGCUGCGUUUGGAGGGCUCCUUGUAUCUGGAGAGAAUCCCACGCGAGGCAAUCGCAUCGCUUAAAGGCCUGCAGUCGUUGAACAUUUCUAAAAGUGGUUAUGAGUUGAGAGGAGGAUGGGAGGAGGGUGGCGGCGAUUGUGUGAGUGGUCAUGAGGGAAGACAACUCUGUCUGAAAGACUUGGAGGGCAUGGGGCAGCUGACGGAGCUCCACCUUCCUGUAUGGGGCAUGACGCAUGAAGACAUGGAGGGUUUACAGAACUCUCAGAGACUGUGUGCGUCGAUCAGAUUUCUAAGCCUGAUAGCGGUGGGAAUCCGGUCUUUAGAUUUGUCUGCUUUUCUUGAGAUUAUGAAGGGUCUGAGAAAGCUUGAGAUUAAGGAUUCUACCCACUUGGAAGAGCUGGUCUUCAACACGAACCAGCUCUUGAAGCUGGAGGAACUGAGAUUGGAAGAUCUUCCCCGAGCAAAGAUCUCUUGGAAAGAUGGCAACGUGUUUGUGAGGGGGCCCACCACAGCUGCCAUCUUCAAGACCUUUGUGGAAUGUGAAGCAUUGGAGGACAUAACCUGGAUCAGACAACAGCCGUCCAUUGAGAAGUUAACGCUAAGGGGAUGCUCGAAAAUAAAAGAGUUGAUGGUAGUCGAAGAGGUGAUGGUGGACAACGUGGCUUGUGGAAAUGAUUCUUUUUUUCCCAAAUUAAAGGAGAUUUACUUAGAUGGUCUUCCAAAGUUGAGGAGCAUAUGUAGGCAUCCCUUGUUGUUUCCUUCCUUGGAGGAAAUCAAAGUAUAUGGCUGUCCACAGCUGAAGAAGCUACCCUUUGGGCUCUCUACUGCCAAGAACAUCCAAAAGAUCCGUGGUGAAUAA